CAACACAUUUCUGACUUGAUCAAAAGUUGUUUUGGUUCUCUUUACUGGUUGUUAAAGCAUUAAAGCCUUGGAGCGCUUUGCAGUUUGGGAUGAGGGGUUUUUAUCCUUCUGUGCUGUGUAUAUUCUUGGAAGUUGUUUUGUGUGAAAACGAUUUGGCCGAGGUGUUAAAAGCUCUCUGCUGUCUCUGCUGCCGUCACAGCCCUGGCAAUAUGUAUUUUUUUUCCUGCCUCUGCUGCUCUGAUCAAGGUUGCAAAGGAGGGUAAAGGAGAGAGGACACAGAGCCUCCCUGUUCACAGAGCUCUGCUGUCAUAACUUGUGCUUACUGUGCGAUUUUUUUUUUUUUUCUUUUCUUGACAACCAAAGAAAAAGGGCGAAACUACACCUGAAUACAACAGGGUUUGAUGCAACAUUAAGUCAUGCAAAUGUGUUGAUAGAGGUGGGGCCAUGGGCAAAUAUGUAUAUAUGUUUUAGGGCGGGUGGUUCUUUGAAAUCACAAAAAUACCAGCAAAAUAACAAUUUACUGACAUCAGUCCUUUUUUUCUACGUUUAGCAAAUCCCCCUCUAUCAUUCUAUUAUUUGCAGAUAAUGGAAGAAAAAGAGCACUCUGUUACUGACAUUGUGAUAACAAUGUCUGUUUUGUGUGACACAGUUAUAAUUUUGCAUUUUUUUACUUUGCUGUGCUUCAUCAAAAGUUCAAAACACUCGCAUGCUCUUGCAGCAAUCAGCCCUCACAGACACCCUCCUGUUCUGUUCAGGGCUUUGUUGAUAAUUGCUGCUAUGUUACAGCUCCCUGCUGCUGGCGAGAGGAAGUUGUAUUCCUCAAUUGGUGGUAUUCAGCUGAACAGCCACUUUACAGAUCCAGAGCUGUAAACGCUUUCAGGAAAACAGGGCACAUGAGGAACAAGUUGGAAUGGAGUGUGAAAAACUGUAAUGUAAUGGACACAUGGAUGAAUGAGAAAUACAAUCAUGUUCAGAGUUGAAAGACAGACUUUUGUCUGAAUACGUCAGUCGGGUAGCAGUCAUCAUCAUGCAGACUCCAGCAGGGGUCUCAAACUGGUGCAUAGAGACACGCAAGGGUCGCUGAAGGGGAACCAAAGGGGUUUUCAAAUUCAAUUGGUUAAAUGGAUACAUUUAGAGCAAACAGCAGGGUGCCAAAUCUACCGUGACUGUUGAUAAACAGCAUUAUUUUUGGGUGAACAGCAUCUUUUCAAACUAUUCAUACGAUCCCUGAUGAUCAUCUUUUCAUUUGUAAGAGAAUAAAAUGAAAUGGAGUGUUGUCGUGGUCCAUUUGAAAAAGAUAUACUUAUGAGGGCUAUUUUUAAUGUUUUUUUUCUGGGACAAGAUUGUCAUUAAACGUGGGAAGUAUUUGAAACAUGACACACUUUGAAAAGCCCUGGUUUUGAUGACUAAUGUGUCACCAGGACCAGGCUGACAUAGGCCGAGCAUAUGGACUUUUUCGUCUUGGAUUAGUUCUGUCAAACUCCACUGGAGGGCGCUGUUUGGUAACUAAUGUUCAGUGGAGCCAUUCACAAGCUCCGGGCUGAGCUGAGCUGCGGAAAUGUGGAAGUCUUUCAGCUGUUCUUUUUUAGUCAUUCAUGUUUCCCCCUACAUUUUAGAUCUUUUAAUGCAAGAUAACUUGCACAGCAAUUGUUGUUGGCCAAUCUAAAAUAAGUAGUCUCUGUCUGAGGUCGGUUAUGACUCAGAGGUGCAGAUAAAUUGCAGGGACUGUAGGCUGAAGUGAACCCAGAGAAACUCGGACUCAUUCAAGUCUAAAAAAAAAGAUGAGAAACACAUUUUCAUAUGGGUGAGUCCCAAGUUUAUGUCACAUUGAGGGAAAUAUAAUACCUUUGGAACAUGGAUCACAAGAUAUACAGUCCGAUUCUAAUUAACCAUAUGUAGUCACAGUGAACUUAUGCACUUUAACUGUACGUUGUAAAUUUGGAAUUUAGAACAUACUAUAUUCUUAAAUCAUAUUUGAAGUGGGCUGCUUUUUGGAAACAUUAGGAAUUAAGCGCUCAGUCCAACACAGGCACUACAGGCCUGUAUGUAGACCAGAGGCUUUACAUGUAAAAUAAAAGUGUUGAAAUAAAACGGCACACCUAUGUAUACAAUGUAUCAUGUUUGGGCAGUUUGAUUAAUUACUUUUUUUUUCAUCCUCUACUACAUUGCAGAAGGAUAAACAUAGCAUGUGUAUAUAUUGAAGUUUGUAAUACUGGAAUAUUAAUGGUCUAUGAAACCACAGGAGACAAAACAAACCCCUAAAGUAUGGUAAAGCCAUUAUAUGAUAACUGGCAAGUUCCAAAAACAUACUCAUAAGUCCCUUUAGGAAUAUCACUGGAAGCGGCUGUUACUUUCAUUUUUAUUCAUGGACCCGCAGAAGAAAUAAAAACAUGUCCAAGUACUUUGAUAAGGUUUCUCUUAUUAUUGGACAAAGUUAAAGCAAAUACAGUAAUCUCGCCUGUCGGCGUGCGCUCAUCCAGGCUCGAAGAGGUUAAAUUUCUGCUCUGGGAAACAUUGUCGGGUCUAUGGAGGGGGUAGAGAGGCGCAUACCAAUUGGCGAGGCACUCCGCUUUCCUUGAAUGAAACGCAGUGAAUAUGAAUCCGUAUUUCCCCCCUCUCGCCUGAGGUUCGGGGUCUGCGACGCGCGCGAGGAUCAGCCGGACUUGCAGCAGCGGAGAAAACGGUGGCAAAGUGAUGGAAAAGUUGCACUGAUCUUGUGUCCCGGAUCCGGUGGAUGAGGGAGGACAGGACUAACUCGCAAACUUUCCGAUCUCAAGUGACAGAUUCAAGACUGGACUGAAAUAAUGUGACUGCAAGGACAGAGGCUUUCAGCUGUGGACUACAGCGACCGCACGCGCCAUUUCACUCACUUUUGACUUAACUUUUAGUCACAGUGGAUUUUGGAAUUCGUCCUUUUUUUUUUGCACAAAGGAGCGAAAUGGUUUGAUUGAGAUCGCCUGAGUGGUCUGAGCGCGCUGCAGCAGCGGGAUGAAUUGAAAGGAGAAGCUCUCCGUCCUCUCUGCCCACAUAGUCUAGCAGAGUUGUAACAUGGUGUGUUAGAGCUGUGGCGAACUGUUUUUGUAUUAUGUUUUCUUUUUCCAUUUUCUGAAGCCUUCCACUCAUCCACAGCAAGAAGCCAAGGCAAGCUCUUGAUAAACUGCUCCUGGACUGUUGUGAUAUUUAGCUUUUUGAGACUCACAAACUAAAAUCUGGGUGUUAUAUUUUUAAACUCUGGAUUCUAGGAUUUUUUUUUUUUUUUUUGCAGUUUGACAUGACGGAGCGGGUGCCUAAAUUGCCUUUUUGAAUAAUUUGGAUUACACAAGGCCAUUUCUCACAAGAGAGGCGUUGAAUGAUGUCUCCAACUUCUAUUGGAUUUGUAUUUCUGUUAGGAUUUGUCCAUGUGUGCUCAGGAUCCCGUCUGCGCCAAGAGGACUCCGCACCCCGGAUAGUGGAGCACCCGUCUGACCUGAUUGUUUCCAAGGGGGAGCCCGCCACUCUCAACUGUAAAGCGGAGGGGCGGCCGACCCCGACAGUGGAGUGGUACAAGGAUGGAGAGCGGGUGGAAACGGACAGGGACAAUCCCCGUUCUCAGCGCAUGCUGCUACCAAGUGGCUCCCUCUUCUUUCUACGCAUCGUCCAUGGACGACGGAGCAAACCGGACGAAGGUUCCUAUGUCUGUGUUGCCCGCAACUACCUGGGAGAGGCAGUGAGCCACAACGCCUCGCUGGAAGUAGCCAUUCUACGCGACGACUUCAGACAAAACCCUGCAGAUGUGAUUGUGGCAGCAGGAGAGCCGGCGGUGCUGGAGUGUCAGCCUCCACGAGGACAUCCCGAACCCACUAUAUCGUGGAAAAAAGAAGGAAUAAACAUCGACGACCGAGAUGAGAGAAUCACUAUACGCGGAGGGAAGCUGAUGAUCACAAAUGCCCGGAAGAGUGAUGCUGGGAAGUAUGUGUGCGUCGGCACAAACAUGGUUGGAGAACGCGAAAGUGAAAUAGCUGAACUUACAGUGCUUGAACGUCCCAACUUUGUACGUCGCCCAGGCAGCCAGGUGGUGUUAGUGGACCAAAGUGUAGAGUUCAGAUGUGAGGCCCGUGGUGACCCAGUUCCUACCGUGCGCUGGAGGAAAGACGAUGGUGACCUGCCCAAAGGAAGAUAUGAGAUUCGUGAGGACCACACCCUGAAGAUCCGCCGUCUGACCUCAGCUGAUGUCGGCUCCUACACCUGCGUGGUCGAGAACAUGGUGGGCAAGGCGGAGGCAUCGGCCACGCUCACCGUCCACGUCAUGUCUGUGCCCCCGGCAUUUGUGGUUAGACCAAGGAACCAGGUGGUUGGGGUUGGCAGAACCGUCACCUUCCAGUGCGAGGCCACCGGAAACCCUCAGCCAGCCAUUUUCUGGCAGCGGGAAGGCAGUCAGAACCUGCUCUUCUCCUACCAACCUCCUCAACCCUCCAGCCGGUUUUCUGUGUCUCAGUCGGGGGACCUGACCAUCACUGAUGCUGAGCGCUCAGACAUGGGAUACUACAGCUGCCAGGCCAUCAACACUGCUGGCAGUGUCCUCACCAAGGCUCUGCUAGAGAUCACUGACGUUAUCUCAGACCGUCCGCCACCAGUUAUCCGCCAGGGCCCAACCAAUCAGACAGUAGCUGUGGACGGCACAGUGGUCCUCAACUGCGUGGCAACAGGAAACCCCACCCCCACCAUCCUGUGGAGGAAGGAUGGUGUCUUGGUGUCCACACACGACUCCAGAGUCAAACAGCUGGACACGGGUGCAUUGCAGAUACGCUAUGCAAAGCUUGGUGACACUGGUACCUACACCUGCAUCGCCUCCACACCCAGUGGAGAGGCCUCAUGGAAAGCCUACUUAGAGGUCCACGAGUUUGGAGUCCUAGUCCAGCCAAACAGGCCUACUGACCCAAACCUGAUCCCCAGUGCCCCCUCCAAACCUGAGGUCACUGACGUUACCCGGACCUCCAUCUCCCUUUCCUGGAGACCUAACCUCAAUGCUGGAGCCACACCCACUUCCUAUAUAAUAGAGGCCUUCAGUCAUGCAUCAGGGAGCAGCUGGCAGACCUUGGCAGAGCACGUGAAAACUGAGUCAUUUGUACUGAAGGGCUUGAAGCCCAGUGCAGUCUACCUCUUCCUAGUACGGGCAGCCAAUGCCUAUGGGCUGAGUGAUCCCAGUCCUAUCACUGAAGCUGUGAAAACACAAGAUAUCCCUCCCACCAGUCAAGGUGUUGACCAUCGACAGAUCCAAAUGGAGUUGGGAGAAGUGCUGAUCCACCUGCACAACCCCACCAUUCUCUCCUCCUCAUCUGUCAGGGUGCAGUGGACAGUGGAGCAACAGUCACAGUACAUCCAGGGCUACAAGGUGAUGUACAGGCCUUCACCGGAGGGGCUGCAGAGGAGCGAAUGGGCUGUGUUCGAGGUGCGGACCCCUGGGGAGGACAGCGCCGUUGUGCCGCAGCUUCGGAAGGGAGUCGCAUAUGAAUUUAAACUCCGCCCCUUCUUCAAUGAAUUCCAGGGAGCAGACAGUGAUGUCAAAAUUGGCAAGACGCUGGAGGAAGCACCCAGUGCCCCUCCUCGCGAGGUUACAGUGGCGGAGAGCGGGGACAAUGGGACCGCCAUCGUGGUCUCCUGGCAACCCCCUCCAGAAGAGGAGCAGAAUGGGGUGGUCCAGGAGUACAAGAUUUGGUGCUUGGGGAAUGAGAGCAGGUACCACAUCAACCGUACAGUUGACGGCUCAGCCUUAUCCGUGCUGAUUCCCAGUCUGGCCCCAGGGAUCCGCUACAGCGUGGAGGUAGCAGCCAGCACCGGGGUGGGUCCCGGGGUCAAGAGCGAUGUCACCUUCUUCCAGCUCGAUGCGUCUGGGCGAAUGACAGAGACCGUGGACCAGCAGAACCCCCUAUCCCAGCAGAUUUCAGAUGUGGUCAAGCAGCCGGCCUUCAUAGCAGGCAUAGGAGCCGCUUGCUGGAUCAUCCUCAUGGUCUUCAGCAUCUGGUUGUACAGACACCGAAAGAAGAGGAAUGGCCUCUCCAGCAGCUAUGCAGGCAUACGCAAGGUGCCAUCCUUUACUUUCACACCAACAGUGGCAUAUCAGAGAGGAGGAGAAGGUGUAAGCAGCGCUGGAAGGCCUGGUUUGCUAAACAUUGGGGAAUCUGCCACUCAGCCCUGGCUGGCAGACACAUGGCCCAACUCCUGCUCCAACCACAAAGACUGCAGCAUCAACUGCUGCACUGCAGGCAAUGGCAACAGCGACAGCAACUUGGCAACGUACAGCCGCCCAGCCGACUGCAUCGCCAAUUAUAACAACCAGAUGGAAAACAAGCAGACCAACCUCAUGGUGCCAGAUUCAGGAGUCUAUGGAGACGUUGACUUGUCCAACAAGAUCAAUGAGAUGAAGACCUUUAACAGCCCAAACCUGAAAGAUGGCCGCUUUGUGGGUCCAGGGGGCCAGCCGACACCGUACGCCACCACCCAGCUCAUCCAGUCCUCCAUCAUGGGCAACAACGUUAACUCAGACAGAGGAACCGGAGGGAGUGGAGGAGGACUCCUGGGUGGAGGGGAGAUGAAUGAAAAACACUGCUGGAAGCCCCCCUCAGUUCAGCAGCAGAAACAAGAAAUGGCCUCCCAGCUACAGUACAACAUCAUGGAGCAAAACAAGCUGAACAAGGACCGCUACAGAGGAGGGGACAGCCCUAGCCCUAUGCCAGCCACCAUCCCCUACAACCAGGCCCAUGACAUUCACACUGGAGGCUCCUACAACAGCUCCGACCGAGGCAGCAGUAGUACCUCCGGGAGUCAGGGUCAGAAGAAGGGAGUGCGCACCCCCAAACUACCCAAACAGAGCACAAUGAAUUGGGCUGACCUUUUGCCCCCUCCCCCUGCAAACCCACCCCCAAGUCGGAGCACAGAGGAGUACUCCCUGUCGAUGGAAGAAAGGUGGGACAUGUCUGCACAGACACAAAGACACAGACGAGCUGACAGCUGUGAACCAGACAUGCAGUGCCCCAUGCCCCCCUCUCACAUGUACCUGCAGCCUGAUGAGCUGGAGGAGGAAGAGGAGAUGGAGAGGGGGCCCACUCCUCCCAUCCGAGGGGCAGCCUCUUCACCUGCAGCUGUAUCUUACAGUCACCAGUCCACAGCCACUCUCACCCCCUCACCCCAGGAGGAGAUGCAGCCAAUGCUCCAGGACGCACUUGACAGCCAUGAACGCAGGCGCCACACUGUGAGCCCCCCAGCCCCUCCAAGGCCCCUCUCUCCUUCACACACGUAUGGGUACAUCACCAGCCCAUUGGCCUUGGACACUGAUGGUAUGGAGGAGGAGGAUGAUAUAUUGGAGGAAGAGGAAGAGGAGGGUGACGAGACAGAUGCAGAGGUGGCCAAGAUGCACUACCACCACACACACCCCCACACACACCCCCACCAUCCCCAGAUGCACCCUCGAAGGUUGCUGCUACGAGGGCUUGAACAGACGCCCGCGUCCAGCAUGGGCGACCUGGAGAGCUCGGUGACCGGCUCCAUGAUCAACGGAUGGGGAUCCGCUUCUGAAGAGGAUAAUGUCUCUUCAGGGAGGUCCAGUGCCGUCAGCUCAUCAGACGGAUCAUUCUUCACUGAUGCUGACUUCGCUCAAGCGGUUGCUGCAGCUGCAGAGUAUUCAGGCGUCAGGGUGGCCAAAUAUCCCAACACACUGGGUCCCGAAGUUGGAGGAGCUUCUGCACGAAAAUACCAAAUAAACCCGCCAAGCCACCGCCCUGGUAGCCCAGUGUCCACAGACAGUAACAUGAGUAUGGCAGCUGUACACAGGAGGCCUCCUAAGAAGCAGAAACAGCAUCCUGCAGGUCAUCCAGGAAACCAGCGACGUGAACCCUAUAAUGAAGGUCUCCCACCUCCGCCAAUCCCACCUCCAGCAGUGCUCAAGUCUCCUACACACCCCUCCAAGGCAGUCCUAGAGGGCCGGGGAGUGAUUUCACCCAAAGCAGGGGAGGUUCGAGACAAGAGAGGAGGAACGGGGGGUUAUCGGCCCAGAGAGGGCUCGGACCCCAGAAACACCUCAUCUGAACGCAAAGAUGCUCAAGAGAGACAAAAGACUGCUCAUGGAGGGAAAGGGAAUAAACAUGAGGGUAGCACCGCCAACAGGGCACGGCAACACCCAGGUUCCGAGGACAUUCUGCCCUAUAGCCGACCCCAGUUCCCCACAGUCAACAGCCCCCGGGACCCAAGCUCUUCCAGCUCCAUGUCCUCGAGGGGCUCAGGGGGUCGGCGAAGAGGAGAAGGAGGCCGCAGGAACCCUGCAGACAUGGGCCUUAACACCGCGGGGGCCUUCCAACCAGGAGAUGAAGAGCUUGAGAUGGCAGAAAGCUGAAGAACAGACGAGGAACUGUCCUGACUUUUCCAAGAGUGGAUUACCAUUGUUUCUCUUACAAUUUUAAAUAUCUCAGUAAUUCACCAUCAUGUUGGCUGCCAUUAUGCUGUACAUCAGUAGUGUUUCUUUACAUCUGGAAAACAGACCAAUGGUUUUUUUUCUACCUUAUCAUUUUCUAUGUCCAUUCAAAAAAAAAAAAAGGAAAGCGUGUCUGAAGAUAAGAGUGCAUUCAAAACAAAAUACGCAGUAGUAUAUUUACGUUUAAUUCCAAUGCAAUAUGGAGUGAAAUCUUACUCCAGACAUUGACAUGACUCUGUUUGCCUCGACAAGAGCUUUGGAGAGCCCAUACAGUCAGUUGUUACUGUAAUACAACAGCUGCAAGCAGAGAGGGGUGGACUGUGUGUAAAUAUACGUGUAUACAUGUCUUCUUGUUUUACCCUCUGUGGUACCUCAAAUUUGUCUUCCUUUUUUAUUUUGUGAAUUCUAAUUUUAUUAUGCCAGUAAAUAUAAUUAUUAUUUUAUCAUUUCCAUCCAUGUUGUAAAUUGCUAUAUUAUUUAGCUGCCCCAAGAAAGUGCCACUUUGGGAUUUUUCUUUUCUUUUCUUUUGUAUUUUGUAAUGCACUGUUAUGUUUCGUGUUGAUGUCAAUGUUUGUUAUUUGUUUUACUUUGGUUUUAAAAGCACAAUCACUAAACUUUAUUUUAAACCAUUCUAUCUAUUAACCUUUUUGUCUUACUGGAGGAAAACAGGUGUGACAAAAAAGUCUAGUUAAUCCUGAUGAUGAUGAUGUAGGUUAAGGUUGCUGUUUACGAAGGCUGGGCUUGAAAGGAGACUCCUUGCGUCGUGAUUGACUCCCUCUCCAGUUCUGAUGCUAGCUCAAGUGUUGAAAGACAGUUAAUGUGAGUCAUAGCUGCAAUGUAUAUAUCUUUUCGCAUUGACCAUAAACUCAGCUAUUGCACAUUAAUCGAAAUGGUUAUGUUGUCUACUAAUGCACUUAAACACAUGUCAAAUACAGGAAAUAAGAGUCACUUUGGGAAUCUGGAGAGGUUGUAAUUGGACAAGAAGAGUCUCUUUUCUUGAUAAGGCAGUGGUAAUGGACCCUUGUUUUUAAGGAGGAAGGGUGCUAUUGUUUAUUCAUAGGACAUCUGCAAGCAUUUGUUUCGUAAAGCAAAAAAGAAGUAAUAAAAAAAGAUGAAUAAAAAAUUCAAACUA